GAGGAUGUGGGGGGGUCCCCAAAACCUUGCUGGAGUUCGGGCUGUGGGACUGCAUGCACCUCACUUGGGCUCCAGAGUUUGUGUUCGGCAUGCAGGGAUCGCUUGGGUUUCAUUUGGGGAUGGAAUGUGGGCACUGCAUCCAUCACCUUCGGGAUCAGGAUGUGGGGACUGUGCACGCUGCUUGGAGCGGGGACAUGGAGCUCAGGAGCAGAUGGGGACCCCCACAUCACCCAUGUGGUCAGGAUGCUGCAACCCUUGUGUUGGGGUUGGGAAUACUUUACUGGGGCUGGGACCUGGGGACAUCUGCAUUGGCGUCAGGACUUGGGGAGCUCCGUGCAGGGACCGCAGCAGCUCCCCAGGGCUCAGCGGGCUGGAAACAGCGGUCAGGGGAAGCAGGUUGUGUCUGUCCCUUCCCUCCUCCCAGGGACAGUGAUCGGGGGCCAGAGCCAGGUUCCCCCUGCUUGCUCCAGCACUACCACCCUGGAGGGCUCCGGAUAACUCAGAUGUGGCAUCGGGGUUGCUUAACCCCAUCCUGAUCCAGCCUUCACCCCCAAAGCCUGCUGCCAUGAAGAAGAAGCCGGGCAAUGGGCGGGGACAGGACCCUGCAGCCCCCCAGCAGCGAGUCCGGUCUGUCACCAAGCCAGCAGAGUACGUGGGAUCCUUCAUAGUGCAGGAGCUGGACCUGCAGCAGCGAGCGGGGCAGUUGGAGGAGCAGCUGUGGACGCUGAAGGACUGUCCCAGGAGGAGGCCGGUGGUGCUGAGGUUCAGCCUGCAGGGCCUGAAGGUCUACAGUGCUGAUGGGGAGACGCUGCUCAUGGCACAUGCAGUGCGCCGGAUCCUGUACAGCACCUGGAGGCUCCCCGACCGCCAGUUCGCCUUCGUGGCCCGCAACCCCCACAGCCCCCCCAGCACCCUCUUCUGCCACCUCUUCGUGGGGCUCCCGGGAGAGGUCCAGACCCUGCACCUCCUCCUCUGCCGCUCCUUCCAGCUCUGCUACCUCCUGGCGCACCCCGAGGAGCAGGCGGCCGAGGGGGAGCUCCCGGGGCCGGGGGUGCUGUGGGAGCCCCUCAACCCCGAGGAGGUGUCACGAAAUGUCAACGCCCUCGUGUCCUUCCGGCGCCUGCCCGCGCCCGGCGGCCUCGGCACCGGCACCGGGGACCGGCGGCAGGAGGUGGAGAGCAGAGCCUGGCGCCCGGGGAAUCCCUACUGCUCCCCAGUGCUGGUGCGCAAGAAAGCCAUCCGGAGCAAAGUGCUGCGCUCGGGAGCCUACCGCGACUGCGGGGCCGAGGGACAGCUCCACCAGCAGCCCCGCGACACCGGUGAGUGCUGGGGGGAAACUGAGGCACGGGGAUACACAGCACCCCACGGGUGUUUGGGAGCGAAGAGGGGAAUAACGGGCUCCCGCAGCAGCGGCAGGAGGGGAAAGCAAAGGGAUGAGGAGUUUGGCCUUCCUGCCCGAAAACGAGAGCGUCCUCGCCGAGAGCGUGUGGUCCUUCGCUGGUAUCGCCAGCACUCCAACGCCGAGUUCGCCAGCGUGGCCGCCCUCCUGGCCCACUACUCCGGGCCACCGGGGGGCUGCUUCUGC